CUCCUAAUAUUAAAAUUGAUAACAAUCAAGGCUGGCAGCAAGUUCUUAUUGUAUUAAAAAAACACAAAAAACAGACUCAAAUUAACCUAGACUGGGAGGAAUUUUAUUAUCGAGUAAACUUUGUUCAG